CAGAAACUGGAUUCGUUUUUCCGCCUCCUUCAUCUCAACACCGAUGAUUUUUUUUUCUUCCUCUCGCUGAUCCAUCAACAUUUUUAACCCUAAAAAACCAGCGAGAAUUUUACGGAAAAAAUAUACAAUUCGCAGGCGUCGCUGGGUUAUAAAUAGCUCAGUUAAAGUAUUGUCAAAGCUUAUCCCUUUGACUUUGAAAACUUUUUUUUGUGUGUACAUAGCCCGCGGGCUUCCAGAGACUCUUUCAGUCUGGCACAAAGACGCACCUGGAGCAGCGCUUUGACUUUCUCACUCGAGGAAGACACACACAAAAACUUUUUUUUAAGCAUCUGGCUCGGCUGCUCCUUUUUAAACCUGCCUUUUUCCCUGUAACUCUAGAGCCUGUUACGCGCUUGGACAUUUAUUUGAUGUUAUUUAUAUCCGCACAUGAGCAGCGACGCCUGCGUUAUGGCUCACGGACGCUUCUUCCGAGAAGUUUGAGAGGAAAAAAAGAACUUGUCAUUUAUACAUCAUCACGUUUACAGGGGUUGUUUUUCCUCGCUGGAGAAGUGUAUUUCAUGUCCUUUUGAAGGCGACCACUAAAGUUUGUAGUGGAGACGGUUUCUGAGACGUCGGUGUUCGCUCAGUCCCAUUUUCCAUUGGCAGACGCGCUGAGGUUCGGCGAGCAGCAGCGGCGCACACUUUCUCCCCUGAGCGCGUGUGCGUGUGUGAGAGCGAGAAAGAGAACAAGCUGAGGAGCCUCUCUGGUGCCUUUUUGUCCCUGUUCUGAUCGUCCUCGCUGUUGUGAUGCGCAUUCCCGUAGAUCCCAGCGCCAGCCGGAGGUUCAGUCCGCCGUCCAACAGCCUCCAGUCGGUCCCAGGGAAGAUGAACGAUGGGAGCUCCCCGGGCGGGCAGCAGGACGCGGCGGCGGUGCCGAGGCUGCGCCCCCACGAGAACCGCAGCAUGGCCGAGAUCAUCGCCGACCACCCGGCCGAGCUGGUGCGCACCGACAGCCCCAACUUUCUGUGCUCGGUCCUGCCCUCCCACUGGCGGUGCAACAAGACGCUGCCUGUCGCCUUCAAGGUGGUCGCCCUGGGAGACGUAACUGAUGGGACUGUUGUCACGGUAAUGGCGGGAAACGAUGAGAACUACUCCGCCGAGCUGCGGAACGCCUCGGGGGUGAUGAAGAACCAGGUAGCGCGGUUCAACGACCUCCGCUUCGUGGGUCGCAGUGGCAGAGGCAAGAGCUUCAUGCUGACAAUCACAGUAUUCAGUAACCCACCACAAGUGGCCACUUACCACCGAGCCAUAAAAGUCACCGUGGACGGACCGCGUGAGCCCAGGAGGCAUCGUCAAAAGCUGGAGGACCCUCCCAAGGCGGGCCUCUUCUCCGACCGCCUCAGUGAGCUGGAGAGGAUGAGGGUGAGGGUCACCGUGCCCACUCAGGGCCCUCGGCCAAAUCUCAACACAGGGCCCAACUCCUUCAACCCGCAGGGUCAGACGCAGAUAACAGACCCUCGUCAGUCCCAGACCUCUCCUCCCUGGUCAUAUGAGCAGACGUACCCGUCCUACCUGAGUCCCAUGGCUUCCCCCUCAGUCCACUCGACCGCCCCCCUCUCCUCCAGCCGAGGCACUGGCCUGCCUGCCAUCAGCGACGUGUCUCGACGGUUGCCAGGUUCCUCCGACCUGAGCCCCUUCCCUGGUCAGUUUGAGCGUCAGUUCCCGGGCCUGUCCUCCCUCACAGAGACUCGGUUCCCCAGCCCUCGGAUGCACUACCCGGGUACCUUCACCUACACCCCGCCGGUCACCUCCGCCAUGUCGCUGGGCAGCACCCACUACCACACCUACCUUCCCCCUCCUUACCCAGGCUCCACCCAGAACCAGAGUGGACCCUUUCAGACCAGCAGCACGCCAUAUCUCUACUACGGGGCCUCGUCCGGCUCCUACCAGUUCUCUAUGGUUCCUGGCGGGGAUCGCUCACCCUCCCGCAUGAUCCCGCCUUGCACUAGCGCCUCCACGGGCACCUCCCUGGUGAACCCCAACCUGCCCAGCCAGACGGAGGGAGGCGUGGACGGGGACGGGAGCCACAGCAACUCCCCGACGGUCCUCAACCCGGGGGGCCGCAUGGAUGAAGCCGUCUGGAGGCCAUAUUGAAGAAGAUCAGGGGGGCGGAGACUGGAAGUCAGCUGAGGUCAUGGUUUGAAAGCACAAAACCUUUUCUUAUUGAAAAGGGGAUUUUUGAGCUCUCAUCAGCUAUCUCUACCUUUUGCUUGGAAAUUAAGAUUGAGAUAAAAAAGAGACAUAAAAGACCAGACUUGUACGAACUUGUCUUCCUGGAAUGUGUUUUGACCAAGGCACUACAAAGGGAGUCAUUCUCACAGCAAUAAUGAGAAAGACAGUUUUGGUUUACUAGGCCCCAGUGGAUAAGACAUUAUUUCACUUUUCUUAUAAUCCACAAGCGAAGGGAUGCUUCAACAAUAUUUGUAGGAGACCGCCUUUUUUUGUAUAGUGUUUGUAUUUCAAUAAGGCUUUUUGCAGAGCAUGUUUUUGUACUACGACAAUAUCAAGAUGCAAGUUACGCACUGAGUAGCAAGUGAUGAGAGUAACACAUAUGUUACCUUAAGUGGUAUGGACAGUAAAUUUGCUUUAAAUCAAUUAAUUUAACUUGUAUAUUGUGGGUGAAGCGAUGUAGAUUAAGGCGUUUUCUUAGUUUUAACUUAUAAAGCCAUAAAUUAUGUAUUGUAUUUGAAACUUGAGGCAAAGAAGUGUAAUCUGAAUAUUUUUGAUGCAUCUAUAUGAUUAAGUUAAAACGAUUUUUUUUUCUUCUUUUGAUAGGUAAUUUAAGAGAGUGAGAGGUCUAAUUGUUUUGUAGUACCCAAAGAUUUAAUUUCUUUCAUAUAUGAAAUGUAAUUUCCAAAGAGUAUUGCAACAUGUUUCUUCUGGUGUAACUUUCAGUUUAACUGCUCAGCACGUUAAGAGCCCGACAUCCUCGCUAGGCGUUGACACACAUUUGGCUCGGAAUUAAACCUUCGGUAUUUAUUGAGCAAUAACUCGUAUUGUGCCUCUUGGCAACAUACCAUAAAAGAGCGCUUCAAUGGGAGGAAAAUAAUUAUCCGUUGGGGGAAAGUCUGCCUGGUUUCUGUAGUUUGUCUAGUCUGACAUGCACUCACAUACAUAUGUAUUUUCUUAUCCAAAUAAGAAACGGUGCUUUUAUGCACAAUUGGCCACGGAGCCUGAAGACGAUGAUUGCAGCCCCAGGUCUGGUGGUUCGCUCCGAGGCAGCGGGUCAGACUCUGUAAGGUUCGGCUGGUUUGUGAUACAUGAACUCCUCAGGACGGGAGAAAUCCUCGGGUGAUCGGUCGAGAUCGCAGGGAGACAGGCGCCAAGUCUAUUACCGCUUUCAUAUCGUGUGCAGAAGAUGGCUUUGAAAAAGUUUGUCUUAGUGUGUGACACACAUGGGUACUUUGUUCUCCUCUCUCCGUCUUUAAGAAUGAAAAGGAGACAUCACAGUUGAAGACUAAAGAGACUGUGACAUUCCUUCAGGCGUUUAUUUAUUCCAGUGUUUUAGCUUUUGUUGACAUGAUUUACCCAAAUAACAUUUGUACAAACCUCACCAGCCAACCAGUGGCACAGUAGAAAAAUCUCCGUGGCACCAGGACGAGUGGGAGGUCUGAUAUUUUCCAAUCUGAAAUUACUGCGUGAGAUAUUUUUUUCUAAAAGGAAAACGUGCAAAAACCGAGGUGAUUGGAUGCAGCUGCUGGCAGCAAACUGGUAACCGAAAAAUAUGGGAGACUUGUGUAUGUUUGUUUCAUAAAGCACUUAUUUCUUGUUUUAUUUCUAGCAGCACUUGUGGCCGGCUGCCAGCGGGGCUCGUGGUUUUUGGUGCUCUCUGCCGAUAUAAUGCCACUGGAGUCACACACCCACACACACACACACACACACACACACACACACACACACACACGCAGAAUGGAUAACACUUGGCCAAACAAGCCAUUUACAUUGGACCAGAAUCUGAUCUCACAAGGCAGUUGGUAUUUGUUUAAAAAAAGAAAAGCUAUUUUUUUUUCCUUUCAUGCAAUCUGAUAUUCAGUGCAUAUAGGUAAUAUAAUAACCCAAUUUGAAAAAGCUGAGAAAAACAUGGCCCUGUCCAAGGAUCAGACUUCAAGCUUUUCAUUGAAGGUUUGCACGCAGAGCCUCUUUCCCCGUCUCUGCGGAGGAUGUUCUGAACUCACUUAAUGGAAUUGAACAUGUCACACUACAUUUCCCCCGACUGCUGCAGCCCAAAACGAAAAAGUAUUUUUGCUGGUACGGUGUAGCAUAAGAAAGCAAAUAAAGCCCUUUUAGAUUGUUGUGAUUUUACAGCUUUAUUUUCAAGUUACACAUGUAUCCAGUGUCUCCAUAGUAACUGAACAUUUGUCGCAGAUUCUUCCCAAAUUUUGACAGGAAAUGGUCUUUUAAAAACUGUUUACAUGCCACCGCAGCACUGACAUCCCAUUCUGUCCUCAUGUGCUUUUAUUUGUGUUGUUUUUUUUCUUCCACCUCAGAAACUAAGACGCUCAUCCUUUCCUUUCCUCUGGUGUAAUGUUGCAAACACCAGAGAUCUUGUAUUAUUUAAUGAUCACCAUGUAUGAUAUCCAGGCUUGUAUGUAAAGUCUUCUUCUUGUUGUCUCUUGUUAUGCUUCUUCUCUCAUGAACGCUUGUCAGGAAUCUGUGUCUAAUGGAGACACCAUUAGACUUUGCUGGUACGUUUCAUCAAGGAUCAUCAUUGAUUUUGUUUUUUGUUGUUUUUUUUAAGGGACAAACAGACCUGACAACAGUGAGUGAAAUUGGCAUUGUGAUUGUACAUUUUUGUUUAUUUUAAGAAUAAAAUAGGAAUUUUGUAACUUA